AUGGCGACGCUGAGCCAGGACGAUAUUGAGAAGCUCUUCUCCGGCGCACCCCAGUACUUUGCCCGCAAUGAGGGUCCCUUCAUCUCCGUUCCCAACCCAUCCGUCGCAUUCCCCUUUGACGAGAAUCUGCAGAUUCGCGAUCUGACAGAUCACUGCCAGAUUGAGGCCAAGGCCUGGAGCGGCGUCACGGCCCAUCCGCACCUCACUCGCGACCUCAACCAUGAUGCCGCCGAGAAGCAGCAGGCCGAGCAGCGCAGCCGGUCGCACUUCUUUGUCCGCUGCCGCGAGCGCCCCAACAUGCUGAGCCUGCAGGGCCUGGAAAAGGGCACCAUGGGCUACCAGGCGGCGCUCGAGCUCGGCGUCAGCGAUGCCCUCGAGGAAGAGCAGUUUGGCUUCGAUAGCAUUGGCAAAAAGGCUCGCGCCAUCGUCGACGCACGCGAACAUAUGCUCAGCCACGAGGGCUGGCUGCACCGCAUACCCGAGUCCGAGGUCCUGGGCCGCCUCCAACGCAACGGCGAGACUUACCGAAAUAACACCCUCAAGAAGCGCCAGUCUUCCGAGUCCUACAAUGACUUGUUUGGCAACUUCAUGCGCCCGCGCUACAUUGCUCUCGACAAGAAGGACAGCCACAGCCUAACCAACCAGAUUGUCGCCCUCCUCAAGUGUCUCGGUACGGCCAACGUCUGGAUCGACCUGUCGCAUGUUGAGUGGCGCAUUCGACUGGGCCAGAUUCUCUGGGGGCAGCCGCACGGUGACCGACUGGAUGGCGAUUCCAGUAUACACAACACUGAAUGCUCUUCCGAGAUGGCCGAGGAAAAAUACUGGCUUCUGUUGCAGAUUCUUAUGGCUACAGAGCUUCUCAUUCGGCUGGAUGCCGUUACGCAGGGAGAGGAAUACGGCGCCGGCUCUUUUCGACCUAUGGACGUUGUCCAGUUUGAGCGUGCCGCCAACUCGACUGUGAGAUGGUCUUUACUCCUUGCCCGUAGCUGGCUGGACAAUAUUGAGAUUGUCGCAGAUGGCGAGUCUACUCAAGAUGACACUUUCAAGCAAGACGCUCCGACCGACGACUCUCUGACCGCUCACGACCCUACUCUAGUGCAAACUAUCAGGGCCAAGAGCGCCAGCUGGCUUGCUGCCAUUGCGAGCCAUAUGCCCUUCAACCACCACCAUGGCGUAAACCAUAUGACGCCAGCAUUUCCCGCCCGCCACUACGUCGUCAAGGGACGAAACGGACAGCGCCAAGUCGACGGACUGAUUCACUUUGCCAAAAAGCUGAGAUGGCCCGGCAUCGAAGACUAUGAAGCUCGCAUCACCACACACAUGAAGGACGCCGUGAAAAACAAGCCCGACACGUCGAUGUGCGACUGUGGCUACGACGCCAAGUCGAAAGGAAACACCAACAACGACUAUUUCGGAACUUGGGAUGUUACCUGUCAACGGGGCAGCCACAGGGAACGAGCCAGAGCACGACGCCGACGACUAGCCGCCGCCUUGCACCCAUCUGGCUGGAUGUCCAAAUCGUACGUAUUUGGACUCAUGCUGCCAGGUGACGGGCUGUCCCACUUUCUCAUGGCCACAUUGCUGGAAAAUGACGACGUCGCGAUGAGCAAGCUCGGAUCCUUUGCCAAUCUCUGUGGCGGGUUCGUCUACUCUGGUAUGAGCUUUUGGAGCACAUCGUGCAUCCUCGGUCGCGUGCUUGCCGCGGGCAAGGGCUCUGCCGAAUGCAUGGGCUGGGUAUCGACAGACAUUGUGCCCACGGGCGUGCAAGAUGGAUGGUUGAACAUUGACGUUAGAGACGUAAACGACGAUGUUGCGAAUCUGGGCAAAAAGUCGAGAAUUUGGGCAAAACGGCGCCUUGAGCGCGAUUCUUCCAUUGUCGGCGACGGAGACGAGGAUUCCACAUCGCCGGCCGACUUUACGAUACCCUGGGAGAACCGGUACAAGACCCCACCAGCAAAUGUAUACGUCAACUUUGCAUCUUUACAGCUGUCCCCGUCGUCGCUGUCGCUGCAUCCCACGCCGCUGCCCGAGAUCAUGGCCACUCCUCGGCAUGAAUCUGCGCCCGCUCCCGAUCUCUUCUCUCAGCCCGCCUCGCUUACUUUCCGCGUCGGCAUUGACGGAAUCCCUGACAGGCAGCACAUAUUCUCUCUAUUGUACGAUGUGAACUUUGUUAAUGCCCACCCAUGUUCACCUCCACGCGGUGUACGAUUCGUCAAGUCGCCGUCCAGCCCGACUAUUCGCGAGAUUGAUGUGUCUGGGCAGGCAUCUCUAGGCAACACAUCACGCUCUCUGCAUCGAAUGGGCCAUCCUUUGCACAAGUUUUUCAACUACAAAGUCAUGCACAUCUCCGAGGUGAUUCAAAAGAAGCAGCUGCCCCUCUACGAACUCCUGGGCGUUGGCUAUCCCGACAACAAGGCUCCCGGCAACGCUGUCCUCGUCAUCGACUGCAUGACGCAAAUCGUCGAGUUGCCGCAGUCGCCCGUGCUCGAGCGCCUCGUCUCGCCGACAGCCUCGCCCCGCGCGGAGCGCAAGCACAGCUUCUCCUUUGCCGCCAAGAUGCACUACGAGUCGCACAAGCGACAGUCGGGCUCCGAUCUGGAGAUUUUGGUCCGCAGUCUCUGCUCCGAGCAGGGCUGGAACGCCAUCAUUAGCCGGCGCAAGCGAGGCUGCCUGGCGUGCGCGAUUCGUGAAGCUGGGGCGCUGGGCUACAAGGUCAUUGUGCGCGUGGACUGA